GCAGCGGCCCCGGCGCGGCCCCAGCCGGCACUCGGGGCGCUGCGCCGGCCCUGAGCGCCCGCGGCCCCGCAGAGCCGCGGCCGGCGAGGCCCGGAGCGCCCGGCCGAGGAUGGGGAUCCUCUUCACCAGGAUAUGGAGGCUCUUCAACCACCAGGAGCACAAGGUGAUCAUUGUGGGCCUGGACAAUGCAGGGAAAACGACCAUUCUGUACCAAUUCUCCAUGAACGAGGUGGUUCACACCUCUCCCACCAUCGGCAGCAACGUGGAGGAGAUCGUGGUGAACAACACGCGCUUCCUGAUGUGGGACAUCGGGGGGCAGGAGUCCCUGCGCUCCUCCUGGAACACCUACUACACCAACACCGAGUUUGUGAUAGUUGUGGUGGACAGCACAGACAGAGAGAGAAUUUCUGUGACUAAAGAAGAGCUGUAUAAAAUGUUAGCACAUGAGGACUUGAAGAAAGCAGGGCUGCUGAUCUUUGCUAACAAGCAGGAUGUGAAGGAGUGCAUGACAGUAGCUGAGAUCUCCCAGUUCCUGAAGCUGACUUCAAUUAAGGAUCACCAGUGGCACAUUCAGGCCUGCUGUGCUCUCACUGGAGAGGGGCUGUGCCAAGGACUGGAGUGGAUGAUGUCCCGGCUGAAGAUCAGAUGAUUUUUAAUGACCUCUUUGCACAGACAUUGCUGCAGCAGAGCUGUUCCAGUGGCAGAUUGGUGGGGUGGAUGUAUUUAUACUGAACUGAUGGCAACUGUAUUUUCUACAUAGCUGCACACACAUACACACACAGACACACAGACAGACACACGGACGGGAGCUGGGAGCAGGCACAGGAGCACUCGGGGCUCCAGGUUGGGUUGGGCUCCUCGGAGGACGCGCUCAGAGCUGUGACCAACCUUCUUUCCAAGCUGCCCCUCGGAACAGCCCGGCCUCGGGCCUGGGGAGGAUGGAGAGAGAGGAAGGAGCUUUUAACGUAGAGUUUUCUGAUCCCAUUGUAGCCCUCUCCAGUGGGAGGUGUUGGUUCAUUAUCCCAGGAAACCAGCGAGCGAAUCACUGGCGCAGGUAGCGACUCUCCAGCAUUUCUGAGGUGGCAGAUGUUACAAAUGCAGAACUCUUUUCCUGUAUGUGUACUGUACAUAUUUGUGUAUAUUUAUACCUCAAUCCUAGGUUAAUUGCAAUCUGCUCAGACCAGUGUAAAGCUGAAUCAGUAUGUUGGCAGUAGUGCUAAUCUGUGACACGGCCCCGUCCCCGUGUCACCCGUCCCUCCGUGUCCGUACGGCUGUAACGUCAAUCACACCUUGGCUCUCCACAACCUGAUAACAAACUCUCUCUUCAGCCCAUUGCUUGUUUUUCCACAUGAUUUUUGGAUUAGGGAGGAGGCUGGAAUGGAUUGAGGCACACAGAUUGGGCUUCGAAUUCCAGGGUUGGCAAACAGAACAAAUUUGCCAAAGAGUUGCAGAUGAAAUGGGUUUUCCUCUUUUAUGUGGUCAUCAUUGGAUUGGGUGAUGCUGCAGGUCCUGUCCACUGCUUUCCUUCUCUGCUGUGCUGGUUGAUUCAGGUCUGGCAGAAAUACCUUUGGCUGUCAAAAAGGGAAAGGUAUCUUUUCUUUUUCUUAACCAAAGAAGAGGCACAAAAGUAUGUUUGAAAGUGUCACUGGAAUCGUACAAGUCAGACUCUAAUGAAGUGUUUUUCAGAGGAAGAACUCUCUUUGCUACAUAAAACGUGCAGAUACUAAAAUGUGCAGAUGUAUCAAUAUGCAGUGGAGGGGACUGGAUGGACAAAGCAGAUAACACUACUUGAAAAGCUCUAGGUGACCCACACGAGUUCCAGGGCAGAACUUCUUGAAAGCAGAACCCCCUUGCAUGGUCCCCAGGCAGUGUGAGAACACUAGGAUCACCUCUCCCUGCUGCAGCUCCGCUGGGUUGGCUGUCCCAGGCAGAAGGGAGUCACAAUUCCCACUUUGGAGGAUCCAGGCAGUUGGGAAGGCAGUGGGAUGGUUGGAAGUGUCAGGCUCUUCUGUGGGAGAUGCAUUGGGAGUUCAGCAAAAUGAAACAAAGCUGUGUUUAAAGUGUUCUUCCCUUUCUCAGCCCCCGUGUCUGGUAAGGAUAGAAAAGGCAUUUUAAAGACAUUUUAAAGCUUAGUUUGAACUUUUUAAGGUGCUUCUCUUUGGUUCUGGGAUAAUCUGGUCAGCUCCUGCCUUCCUGCCUACGUGCCUCCCUGGGAGCAUGGGAAUCCUGGGGAAAGGAGGGGAGGCAAUCUCUUAUGUCUGUAUUUAACAAAGGCAGGUAAAGAAUUUAACUUUUUAAUCUAUUUUUGGUAUCUCCAACGCUCCCUGGCUGGGGGAUCUGCUGUCUUUGUUAAACAUUAAGGUGUACAUGCAUAUAUCUCUAGUGCAUGCACAUAGAUCUUGGUAUUUAACUGGUGUAUUGCAAAAUGUAUCAAUGUUUGAAGAAUUAACAAUUUAAUGCAAAGACUCUCUCAGUUUCUCUGACAGUAUCUACAAGCAACGAGCUCUGUGCACACUUGCAUAUGAAAUGGAAUUGUACAUUUUCUAGUCUAAAAAAAGAAAAAGCAGACUUGCUUCUAAACCCAAGUGUUUGGUUUUUGAGUCUUAUGUCUUCCCUGGGCUGAAUCCACACAGGCUGGGUGCGCUGGGGGCUGGUUGGUAAGAAAAGGAGCUGUUGCUGUUGGUGGUGGAGCAGUGUUGGGGUUUCUGCUGCUUGGUUGUGCGUUUGCAGGAGCUCUGUCAGGUGCUGCAGGUGUGGGUUGUGUUACAAGCAGAUACUCUGUGUUUACACAUCACUUAGGUUGGUUUUACUCUUUCCCUCCCCGUGCCACUUCCCUUGCUGUGGCCUCUGAGGUUCACCUUGUCUUGGUUUCCCCAGUGACCGCAGCAGGGCCUGGGAGUGCCUGCACACCUCAGGACUGGCUGUCAGACAGGGUUUUCUGUGCCCUGAGGGGUUUGAAAUGCCAACUUUCAAUUGUUCCCUGUGUGUUGGUCAGUGAACAGCCCAGUGUUACCCUGACUGCAAACAUCUCAUGCAUCACUGUGAGCUUUCUGUGUAUUUUGUGUUUUUCAGGGCAAAUGUAGCCAGAAUUCAGCAGUGGCUGAUGUUUCCUGACACAUUGUGGUGUUGUCCAGGGCUUUUGGGGUUUAAAUGCUGAUUUUCAGUCUGUAGAGAUGGUCAGCAGAGAUGACAAUUCCAGACUCACUUUGAAUGGUUGCUGUCAUCAAUUCCAGCCUCUGUGAUCAAUUCCAGACUCACCUGGAGUGGUUGCUGUUAUUAAUUCCAGCCUCUGUGACCAUUUCCAGACUCUCACCUGGAAUAUUUGCUGUGAUGGUGCUUUGAAGUGCACGUGUGUGAACUCAGAAAUAGUCACUGAGAGGAGCAGCCAAACUUUUGAUCUCUCAACCCCUUUGUGUUCUGUGUAAGUGCUCCUUGUUGACAGCUUUUUUCUUUUCCCUGUAGGGGAAUUCCCAUUUUUCUCCCAGCUCUGUCCAUAGACAAUCCAGGGAGCUUUGCCUCAGUGCUGCUCCCACUGGGGGAUUGCUGGGCAGGGGUUCCUUGCCCUGGCUGUGACCCUGAUUGUGAUGCUGUUGUUUCACCCUCGGGGUUCUGCUGCCUUGGCUUCCAGCUGCAGCUCAAGCUUUGCCUUUGUUCUCCGUGAAAUUCAUUCUUAGCAAAAGGGAGGGGCCUUAAAAAUGGUUAUUGAAGUAAUGCUGAAAAAUGGCAUUUUAGUAGCAAAAAAAAAAAAGGUCAUAUUUCAAUAAUUGAUAUUUCAAAUAUUUCCUUUGGUUCAGAAGAUCAUCAGUUUGGUAAAUCAUCUCUGGAAUAUGCUGCUUCUGGCAUCUGGGAAUUAUACAGGUCUUUAAUUGUGAGGAGAGGUGGAAAAUAAACUUGGGGAAUGUGAACAGCUUCAUUUUUUAAUAUCUUUUCUUUUUGGGAGGCUGAGCCCCUGCUCUGCUGAGCGCUGUGUAGGUGUGUGAAUGGUAAAUGCACCUGACCAGCACAUUCCACAUCUCUGCAGCUCAAGUGCCUAAAACUAACUCCAUCAUCAGCUUUAUUUCCCAUUCCCUUAGAAUAGAGAUACAUAUCUAUAAAAGCCUCCCAGUGUGUGGAAUUGAGUGGGUUUUCCCCUCCCCACACCCAAGUUUUAACAGGAUUUGUGAUAAAUUUGUUACAGUUCUCCUAUCCCUGCCAUUCCAAGCACUUUUCCAUUUAUCAGGCAUCACUGAGUUUGGGACAGGAAAUCCUGAUUUUGUCCUUGUGUCAGGGUGGUUGGCUGGAGUUCCUGUCGAGGGACUGUUUAAAUAUCUCAAUCCAGGAAUCCAGGCCUUGGGAAGUUCCUGGUGGCAGUGCUUCCUUCCAUGCUGCCUGGUGGAACACGAAGUUUGUCACUGUCAGAUUAAUUAGGUCUGAAAAGUAAUUUUCAGCUGAUUGAGAUGAAUGUGCUGAGCAGCCCUGGGCAGGGCAGGGCUGAUCCCGUGGCACCAGGAGUGGCACUGAGGAAAGAAAAUGUCUUUGCACUCAUGUGACUAUCCAGAUGUGGCCUGCUUAAAAAUCCAGAUGUGACUUGAAUAUAUUGUAGUGGUGAAUACGUUAAAUGGCCAAAAAUGAUGAAUUAUAAGGGGCUGCCUCUGUAGCUUUUUAUUUCAUGUGUGAGAAUCAUGAGCAGGAAUUCUCUCCUUGCCUUAAGAGUGAAUUUUUCUAUUGUAGCUUUAUCCACAGUGGAGUCACCCUGAGCCUUUUAAGCCAGACUUUGGGUAAGGACAGAGCUGGGCGGGGUUUUUAAGCUUUUCCUAUUUGUAAGUGUACAAAACUUGGCUGAGACUGGAUGAAGCCAGAAAAUGCUGCUUUACCUGCGAGGCUGGGAAUCCUUCCUUGGACAUAUUCAGCUCAGUGCUCUCCUUGUCUGACUGGGGAGGGAGCCAAGAAAAGCUGGAUUCUGUGGAGAGGCUAAAAACCAAAA